UCUUGAGGCUCUUAGAGAGAACGGAGCCAGGCGGGAAAGAGCCUCCGAGAGAACUACACACAGCAGGCGGGGGCCGGGGAGAGGGUGGAAACGGCCCACGGUGGCGAAGAAGGCUUUAGAGGCAGCAUGAAGCGCGCACAGACCGCCGAGGAACGAGAGCGUGAAGCUAAGAAACUGAGGCUUCUUGAGGAGCUUGAAGACACUUGGCUUCCUUAUCUGACCCCCAAAGAUGAUGAGUUCUAUCAGCAGUGGCAGCUGAAAUAUCCUAAACUGGUUCUCCGGGAAGCCGGCAGUAUAUCCGAGGAGCUGCAUAAAGAGGUCCCCGAGGCCUUCCUCACACUGCAUAAGCAUGGCUGCAUGUUUCGGGACGUGGUUAGGAUCCAAGGCAAAGAUGUGCUCACCCCAGUGUCUCGCAUCCUCAUUGGGGACCCAGGCUGCACCUACAAGUACCUGAACACCAGACUCUUCACGGUGCCCUGGCCAGUGAAGGGCUGCACCAUCAAUUACACAGAGGCUGAGAUCGCCGCCGCAUGUCAGACCUUCCUCAAGCUCAAUGACUACCUGCAGGGUGAGACCGUCCAGGCCCUGGAAGAACUGGCCAUCAAAGAGAAGGCUAACGAAGAUGCUGUGCCGCUGUGCAUGGCAGAGUUCCCCAGGGUUGGCAUGGGGUCGUCCUGUGAUGAUGAAGUGGACAUUAAGAGCAGAGCAGCCUACAACGUGACUCUGCUAAACUUCAUGGAUCCUCAGAAAAUGCCAUACCUCAAAGAGGAGCCUUAUUUUGGCAUGGGGAAGAUGGCGGUGAGCUGGCAUCACGACGAGAACCUGGUGGACAGGUCAGCGGUGGCCGUGUACAGCUACAGCUGUGAAGGCUCUGAGGAUGAAAGUGAGGACGAGUCCAGCUUCGAGGGCAGAGAUCCCGACACUUGGCAUGUUGCUUUCAAGAUCUCGUGGGAUAUCGAGACGCCGGGCUUGGCAAUACCUCUUCACCAGGGAGACUGCUAUUUCAUGCUGGAUGAUCUCAAUGCCACCCACCAGCACUGUGUUUUGGCUGGUUCGCAGCCUCGGUUUAGCUCCACCCACCGAGUGGCAGAGUGCUCCACGGGCACCUUGGAUUAUAUUUUACAACGCUGCCAGUUGGCCCUGCAGAAUGUCCUCAAUGAACUGGACAAUGGCGACGUCACUCUGAAGUCCUUGGAACCUUCAGUUUUGAAAAAAGGGGAGGAUAUCCACAAUGAGGUCGAGUUUGAGUGGCUGAGGCAGUUCUGGUUUCAAGGCAACCGGAACAAACUUUGCACUGAUUGGUGGUCUGAGCCCAUGACUCGGCUGGAGGAGCUGUGGAAGAAGAUGGAGAGUGUGACAAAUGCUGUGCUUCGUGAAGUUAGAAGAGACGGGCUCCCCGUGGAACAAAGGAACGAAAUUCUGGCUGCCAUCCUGGUCUCGCUCACCCUGCGCCAGAACCUGAGGAAAGAAUGGCACGCCAGGUGCCAGUCCCGAAUCGUCCGGAACUUACCAGCCAAUCAGAAGCCAGACUGCCGGCCCUACUGGGAGAAGGAUGACCCUUCCAUGCCUCUGCCCUUUGACCUCACAGAGGUGGUUUCAGAGCUCAGAAGCAAGCUUCUGGGACCAAAAGCCUAGAGGAAGCACAAGUCCGUAGGUGGCGAAGGACAAGAUAUCCUGGCUUUCCUCCCCGAACCUUGGACAAGGGUAGUGUAGACGCCUCUCAACCCAUAGGUUAUAGGACCUGGGUUCCAACUCAAAACAGCUCAGAAAUAAAGCCCAGAAAUAGAGAAAUGUUGAAAAA